AUGGCGAUGAAGGCGGCGUGUAUUAUUCUUACAUCAAUAGUACUCGUGGCUAUAAUGGCUGUAUGUGUCAUGGUCAAGUUUGCCACAGAAAUAACAGUCGAGGAGCGAAAACGUGAUUACUAUCCCGGCUCCGGCGUUUAUCACGUCGCGAAAUCUAUAGCUGUGAUCGCAUUAAACGAAAACAAUUCCAUUGCCGUCUCCGAAAGGUUCCCCUACGUGGCUGCGAUAGCCAGAAACUCCUCCUCCACGUGGUCCUUCGCCUGUUUCGCAAGUGUUGUACUCGUCAAAUGGGUGGUAACGUCCGCGCACUGUCGGCAAAAAGGCGCGACCCACAGAGUGCUUUUGCUGCACGAUUUCGCGCGGAAUGUCAGCACGUCCUACCCAAUACUCUACUGGCGUAUUCAUGAGAAAUACAAUCCGAACAGCACGACACCAUCCAACGAUAUUGCGGUGGCUAAAUUUAAUAUAGACUAUCCUUUACGAUCUUCCACGUUCGAUGAUCGGCCUGUGACAGAUGUCGAAGCGAGUAUUUGGAAAACUGUGGCGACAAUGGACCGCCGCGUGUAUUUGAUAAAUGACUUUGACAGGUUCCCGCUUAAAUUGGCAAGCGGGAACAGAUGUUAUGAAACCUAUGGUGUACAGCUGGAUGAGAGUUUAAUCUGUGUUGAUAUGUCGGACUAUGAGGACUGCUUCAUACAUGAGUUUGGGCCGUUGUAUUAUGAAGAUAAAUUGGUUGGUGUCUUGGCGCUUCAGCCGAAGGACUGCGAGGUGAAGUUAGCCGUGUUCACGAAUGUGUCGUAUUACACGACGUGGGUGCUGAAGUUGACGCAGACUACGUUUUAUGGGUGA